GGCUGACGUCGUUGAGUCGACUGGAGAAGGUACCGGAUUUCGGAAUGAAGUUUCUGAAGACCACAGGCAUAGAAUCGGUGUUGUCCAUGGUCUCGAGAUGAAUGUCGAGGAGGCAGCUGACUUAUACGGCUCUCAGUCUUCUACUUCUACUGAUGUGGAUAGUCACGAACGUGUAGCUGGUGGCGGAGUUGAUGUAGUGACCUCGUUCGCCGAGGAGCAGAAGGGAAAACUGAACGCAGUACUGUGAAUUUUUACUUUUUGAUGCAUUGACUCUACUCUUUUGUUGGCUUUUUUCAUCAUUCAGGUUGAUGAAGAAGAAGAUUUUUUAGCUACUUAGUACAACGUCAUCUAUCAACCACGAGCGACACUUUUAUCACUCACAGGUUGACGCAGAUGCUGAGUCUACCGCAGAAACAAGUGCUGGAUUGAGGAAAGAGGUUGCUGAAGACGGUCACAACAGUGAUGUGGUCCGCGGUGUCGACGCGAAUGACGUGGAAGACAAGCUUCAGUACCACUUCAACUUCUACAACAACAGCCAGUCUUUGUACAACUUUUACAACUACAACAACACGAACCAGUGGCCGAGCGCGAGCACGAGUGGCCCUGUUGUGAGCUCGUUCUUUGAACCGGUGAGCGUGAUAGCUCAGCCUUCAUGGCCAAGCGAAAAUGAAGGUGCGUACGACGUUAUAUUAUUCGAAGCCGGAGAGUUUGAAAUUUCAUCGAACUACCAGAACGAACAUUACACACCCAAACGCACCGAAGCUACACGAGCAGAGCGCACUCGUGUCCUCUUCCAAGCCUAUGAGUCGUACGAAACGGUGUUGGGAGCCAUGAGACAAGAUAUGAAGAACCCUUUGCUGGACCAACUUGGUGCAAAACCAUUACAUAAUCAUGCAGACAAAGAUGAAUGGAAGGCGUUCGUACGAAGUGAUAGUCUCGACAGCUGGUUGGAACUCGUUCCAAGUUCGGGAGAGGCAAUUACAGAGAGGUUUGGGCGUUUCCGCAUCACCAAAACGAUCAUCAAUGAAGAACAAUAUGACUUACCCUUCGCAGGAGAACAAGAAGUAGUUGCAGCACAGAAAGCGUGGUGGCCUCAUUUGUGGUCCACGAAGACUAGAGAAGUUAUUGAAGCAGAGUAUGCGGACAUAAGAAGACAAAAUGAGGCGCUAAUCAUGCGGCGGCAAUCAGCGUGGAGUCUGCAGCUUGUGCGUUUCGUCGACUAUGGCGCACCAGAAGAUCAAGCUCAACCUCUCUUUCCACUCGCCUUCAUCGUAGGAGUACAAAAACCCAAGGGACCUUCAACUCGUAAUAACAAAUAUCUCUGGUUUUAUCCCAGAGCUUUAAUCUAUUUGACCGAGCCUCCGAAAGACUUCAUCUUUACCCAUUUCUUCCACGCCUCUGCUGCACCUGCGUAUAGUGCUCUUACUUCCACAUCUCAACUGCCCACAUCCGGUGAAAAAGAGAGAAAGAUGAAGGAAGGAGUGCUGCAACUCAUGACCGCCGUGAUGAACGAUUUUCGGUGGCCAACGUUGGCUGAAGGGGAUGAAUCUAACAACAACAAUAACAACAAUGAUGUGCGACGAGAAGGCUUAGCCUUCUUUUUGAGGGAUCUAGCAGCAGAGAUGAUGAAGACCUUCAAAACACCAGGAUACGAAUACUCCGUGAAAUUGUUUGCAGUCCCAGAGCUAAUUGAAUCUUCCGAACAACUCAGAGGAGCUGAAGUAGCUAGAUCAACGCACUAUCAGCUUUUCCUUGGCAAGGCGUUUGAAUCGUACAAAAAAAUGUUGGAAAACACGGACCACCCGUGGUACCACGUAGCGACGCCACUUGCUGAUAGUGAUCACGCUUCGAUGAAAAAAUUCGUGGAACGUGACUUCUACCGCGAUGAUGACGAGGAGCAACAUUCUUGGGUGGACAAGGAUCCAACUUAUUCAAGACUAGAUGAGUCGCGUGGUCGCUUCCACAUCACCAGAGGAAACUUCAUCGGAGGCACAUCGAAAUUACCCUUCAAUGACGAAGAACUACCUGGAAGACAUGCACAUCCAGCUUGGUGGUCUCACUUGUGGUCGCAUACGACUAGAAGAACAAUUGAAGAUGUCUUUGAGCGCGCACAAGAAUCCGCGUCGAAGAAGACAAUAGGCACUUUCAGUUGGAAGCUGCAACUUGUUCGGUUCCUCGACAGAUCCACGUCAGCGAACCCCUUUGCUUUUCCACUAGCUUUCAUCCUAGGAGCACGACACGUUGGGAGCGGCGAUAGUCGCAAUGGCAGAUUUUACUGCAGAGCUCUAAUCUAUCUAACCGCACCUUCGAGGCAAGAUGCAGUUUCAGAACAUGGACUAGACGGCAUUAGUGAGGAUAAGAGUACGCCAGGCAACAAGAACAUGGUAUUUUUCGAACUCCCAAAUUUAGCAAAACCACUUGGUGAAGGUGUAGUUGACGUCACGACAGGGACUUCGAAAGACCACCCGAGGCUAAGCACACAAAAUAAGACUUUCUUCGUCUCAGUGACACAUACAAGCCAAGCAGACAAAUUAAUAUAGAUUCUAUCAAUAACAACAUCCAGAUCCACAUCAACUUUUUUUCUUCCAGCUGUAGUGUUCGUAUCUGAUGAAGAUCCUCUACUCCUUCUCCAUAUUUCAGAUUGCAGUACUACCGACUGGUAUGGCUGAUUUUAGCGAUGCGAAUACGAUAACAAAAGGAUACCAUUACGACAUGGCAUUUUUCGGAUAUCCAGAUUCAUUUGGAGCAGGUGACGCUCCGACCUCUCGAGAUCAACCCGCUGCCUAUUCGCAGGUCCUUCUCACGGCGUACGACUCGUACGACAACAUGUUGAAGAGCAUAGACAUCCAGGAGUCCCAAGUUGCGGGUCUACUACUUGACGAUGAUCGAACCGCAUUAGAGACGUUUAUGCGGAGCGCUGACGGUUUCGGAAAGUGGGUGCAGAUUUCUGGUGAUCAAAAUUGGCCGGCGAUUCUAGAGGACAGCGUGCGAUUCCGUAUGAUCAGAUCGGAGGUUACAAGCGAAUCGAAAUCGCUCUCGGAUAAAGAGGGAGAACAUCUACCAAUACCACUUGACGAGUGGUGGGCUCACUUGUGGCGGAUGCCUGGAGAUGCUAAAGACGAGUUCGAAACAGUGUUUAAGACCGCAAAGGAAUUUGCUGAUCGUGCUGAAUCUUCCACGAAUGUUCUAAACUGGAAGGUGUAUCUUAUUCGGGUCUUGGACUAUAGCGGACCUAGAUUCAACACCGCCUUUCCAUUCGCCUUCAUGUUAGUAGCAAUAAACAGACAUGCUACUUCCGAUGAUCAAAGUGGCGUCUUUCAUUGCAUAGCCAUAAUCCGUCUAGAAAGAACGAAAAUGCCUGAAGUUUGACCCCAUUGAUUACGCACAAACUCUUCAUGUUAUCGGGGAAUUCCAUUGAUUUUGUUGUUGAAAAAAAUGCGCUUCCACCCACUUUCCGUCUUGUCCCCGUCCCCUUGCGCAUAAUUUUGAUGAUCAUCAUGCUACCGCUACCCAUACACUUGAGAUCGGUAUUUUUGCUCAGCGUGUUGGUGUUUCUCUCCAUAGUGAUGAGCGUGUUGUCCUCUCG